AUGUCCUUUACUCUAAAUCAACACCUUUCCAAUCCGGCUACGGCUCUCCAAGCAGCACGGCGAGCUCCUUCGAUACUGGCGAAAUCAUCUUCUGUUAGCACGACCUUUCCUGCGUCGAUGUUCAAUUAUGCAGACUCCACUGAACUAUGGAACGAUCUCGAACAGCUCCUCUACGCGUGCCUGCGCACUGGUGACGACAAGUCCGCCUUCUUAUGCGUGAAAAAGCUAAGCGAAAGAUUCGGAGCGACAAAUGAAAAAGUCAUGGCUUUGAAAGGGUUGUAUCAGGAAGCUGUGGCGACGGACGAAGCAGCAUUGAAGACAAUAUUACAAGAUUACAACAAGAUCCUAAUGGACAACCCCAUGAAUGUUCCAAUUCAUAAAAGACGAAUUGCUCUGAUCAAAAGUCUGGGAAGGCAUCAAGAUGCUAUCACGGAUCUGGUGGAAUUUGUGGAUUCUUUCCCUACUGACAUGGAGGCCUGGUGUGAACUGAGUGACCUAUACUACUCUCAGGGGUGCAGUUCACAGGCAAUCUUCUGCCUGGAAGAGGCCAUCAUCAUCACUCCCAAUGCAUGGAACCUUCAUGCAAGACUUGGUGAGCUCGAAUAUAUGGCUGGGCUAUCAUCCACGGAGACUACUGAGGGCCAGAAGCACCUGACGCAGGCGGUACAACGAUUUAGCCGAAGCAUUGAACUAUGCGACGAUUAUCUUCGGGGAUUCUAUGGACUCAGGCUCGCUACGGACAAGCUGCUACAGACGAGCAUGACGCCAAAAGGGAACAGUAACUUGGUCAUCCCCCCCGAGAAGUUGCAGAGGUUAAACCGGUUGGCUACAUCGAAACUGGACGCCAUCGUCGAGGAACGCAGCUCGCGAAGAUCACCUGGAGGUGACCAGUCAGAAGUCCUCGCUGCUCAGGAACUACUGAGCAAGUCAGAAAAUUGA